UUCUCUCAGAAUUCGUCAACAAACGAUGCUAACGACCUGCCCCCUACCCCCUCUCCUCUUCUCCCCUCCUCCUUUUUUUCUUCACCCCCCACAAAAACACCACCACCACCACCACCUCUGUAUUCCUACCCCGCCCGCUCUUCGUAUUGGACUGAGAGAUUCGCUCGUCCUCACGCCUGUCCCUCAGCUCGGGACGUCACUCGUUGGAAUUUCUCCUCAGUUCAAAGAUAUCACGGCCGGUGACAACUACCCAUAAGUGUGGAUGGACACGCUGUGACUGAUUUCUCCACACAAACACCCAGCUCAAUUCGACACAACAUAUUUCUAAUGAUGCCGUUGUGGUUACUAUCGUUUCUUUGACUUGUGACAACGCACUUCGUUGCUCAAAGCGAAGAAAACAAGACUUCGUUCUCUGAUUCGCUCUAAGUGACGUGACGGUAAAACUUUCUCUACUCUCGAGAAACGUAGUAACGAUUCAAAAUUUGGUUUUCUGAAACGUGAGAGCGUACACACCCGGCGUUCCGCCAUGCAGGGAUUAAGGCAGUCUGUCAAACACAAGACCUGUAGACAGUAAAGUUCGGAGGAUAACAACGUAGCAGAAUUUUGUUUAUACAUUUCGGACCUACAGUAAUCUGUGUCAACCUACCUGGCGAUUCAGCGAUGUUUCUGCUUCGUGGAAAUUGCGUGCACAGGACAUAAUAUCGCUUCACGUGUCAAGAUACAACCCACUGUGCAUAAUCUGUCUCCAAAGACGUCGUUUCAAAUCUGUCACGUUUUGCGGCCACUCCAUUUUGACAUUGUUCUUUUCCAGUUUCAUGAGGGUCGACUCUUUGUUUCAAAAAGUCUGUUUUGACGAGUAAUUUGUGCACUCGGCUGAUCGUGUCUCCGGGUUGUCCUCCCAGAAUCAGGUCUUCGAUGGUCCCAGAACUCCAGGAGUGAGGGAUAUACCGGUCGUCUUCUCCGGCACUGUUCCGUUGAGCAAAGGCUCAUCUUUACUCCUGAAACCAUGACAAAGUCGGAGACUCGAAAAUCUUUUAGCAUCGAUGCCUUACUCGCUCGGACUACAUCGUCGUCGUCGUCCUCAUUAUCGACACCCUCCUCGGUAGUAUUGUCAUCAUCAUCAUCAGGUCCGUCGUUGCAAACGUCACCCAAAACGCUAUCACAAAGUGGCGUCCCCUCCCGCAAUACAUCUUCCUCUCACGCCCAUCAAUCACACCCACUCGGGACUUCCGUUUCUUCGAGUUCUAGUGACGUCAAGGGAAUUCCCCAGCUGAACAAUGGCGCCCCGUCCGCUUCCUCCUGUGAUGGCAUCGGGAAUUCCCCGAAGAGAGAUCGCUCACCCGUUAUUUCAGACGGUAGACCCGAAAGCUACAUCAGAUCAAAGAGCAAGAACGAUACAAUGGGGCAUACAAAUUCUAAGGAGGAUCUUUCUGGAGAAAGACAGAACUCUAACGUGUUGGAAAGCCACCACAAAGCUAGAGAAAUGGAGGAGCAGCUUCAUAGGCCGAUUAUAAAAAGCGAACUUGAAUUACUCUCAAGACAGCAACAGCAGCAGCAGCAGCAGCUUCAUAGACAACAUCACAGUCUGCAUCAGCAGCUGCAACAACACGGGUACCUGAUGUCUCCUCAUUCAAGCACGUCUCACUCUCUGUCCCCGACCUCUCCCCUCUCCUCUCCAGGGGGAGGCAAUGCCAAUGACAAACCUAGAGCUGCAACCUCCCCACCUUCAUCCCCUUACAGUGUGAGCGCAAUAUCCUCCCAACAUUUCUCGCACUCUUCACAACUUUCAUUCCCUCCCCACUCACUCCUCCCCCACGUCCCUCACCACAACCCACACCACCCCACAAACAUCCUCCGACCACCCAACCCUUCACUCAGCGACCCCACCCACACCCACACCCACACCCACACCCACUCCCCCCACCACCACCAACAACAACAACAACACCCGAUAUUCCGACACGACCGAACCCCAGCCGACGUCAACACUUCCGAAAACAGCCGACGUUUCCCGAACAGAGCGUCCGCCGAGCAGCGACGAGACCGCGAGUCUUCCUCGGACGCUCCCUCUGACGUCACCAGGGCCGUCUCCUCCUCCUCCCCCUGCCACAACUCUCCGUGCUCCACACCCCGCUCCCACACCCCGGAGUCGCCCACAUCGUCCCCCCGCCCGGCAGGCUCUGUCAGCGGGGCGUGCACACCUCCACGGGGGUCGCCUCCCUCCAACGCGUUUGUCCCUCGCCCAGGUCUUCUCAACCUCCAACAUCACCCGAUGGUCCAAGCAGGACAUCUAGGAUUUCAGAACAUGUUCCCCAACCACGGCCUGUACAACUACCCCGGGGGUCAGGGUCACGUGACAGCCGGACCUCUGCCACACCCACAGCUUCCCUCCAUGCUCACCGGAAGUGCUUUCCACCAUCCGGCCGAGCAGGCGCUAAAACUGGCUCAACUUCAGGGAAUCAACUAUGCUGAGUGGCUGGCCCGGACUGGCAUGUAUGUGAGCCGCAUGGUGGACUAUCCUGGUGAGUUUCCGCCUCUCUUUCUCUCUCUCUCUCUCUCUCUCUUUCUGUUCUUGCCAGCAGAAACCUCCCAGGAAACAAAAUGA